GUGGAAAAGAUGGCUGCUUCGGCGGCAACGGCGAGUUCUUCUCCCAGUUUGUGUCCAAAUUACGCCGUGAUUUGCUCUUUCCUGGAGCGGUACGGAGCCUUACUGGACUUACCGGAGCUCACUUUUCCUCAGCUGGAGAGAUACCUGCAGGACACAUCCUCAGUUCCGAAGCUGCUGGCUGAUCUUCACGUCAAGCUGCUGAGGAAGAUCGGGAAGUCGGUGUCUGCAGACCGAUGGGAGAAGCAUCUGGCCAGGGUGUGUCAGGACAUCAACUCAACCUGGGCAUGGGAACUCGAACAGAAGGGGUACAAGCAGCUGACGAUGGAGUGCAAGACGGGGAUACUUAAAUAUCUGUGCGAGUGUCAGUUUGACGACAACGUAAAGUUCAAAACCGCCAUCAAUGACGAGGACCCCGAUAAAAUGCGUCUGCAGCCAAUUGGCCGGGACAAAGACGGGCAGAUGUACUGGUUUCAGCUGGACCAGGACGACAACGUGCGCGUUUACGUGGAGGAGCAGGACGACUUGGACGCGGCAUCGUGGAAGUGCAUCGUCAGAACUAGAAAUGAUUUGGCUGAAGUCGUCGCCUUGCUCAAGACACAAAUUGACCCCGAGCUGCUGAAGAAAGACGAGGAAAAGAAAAACAAGCCUGACCAUGAAGAGGACGGCGAAAAAACAGAAAACAAAGGGGACGUGAAGAAGACCGAGGGCACGUCAGACGGAGAGAGCAAGGACUCGGACAAGACUGUUUGUCUGGAACAAAAUGAAGCAACGCAGAAGGACGAACUGAAAACAGAAUCCUCUGAGACCAAGUUGGCGCUGAACGGCAUUGUUGAAGGCAAACCUGAGCUUGACUCGGAAAACGGCGUCAAAGCUGAAAACGUCAAAGAAGAACCGAUGGAGGUGACGGACAUCAAACCGGUGUCGCGGGAACCAACGCCGCCCUGCACGACGACGAGCGUGUCGGUGAAGAGGGAAAAAGAAGACGAGGCCACAAAGAAGCGUUCAGAGGAGAUCCAGCACGCCAUGAAGAAUGACCAGCAGGCCAAAAUCCCUUUGAAGAAACGGGGAAAGAAGUUCAGUGAGAACUUUGAGAAAAACGGGUCCAUAACAGCACAAAACCCACCAGCUGCCGUCCCGAAGGAGGCUUCUGAAGCAGAAUCAACUGAACAGUCGCAGAAAAUUCAGAAAGUACAUGAUCAAGUUAACGGUGAAGUUCAGCCUCCGUCAGAGAGAGAGUCGCUGAAAGAAUCUGCUGCUGACAAAGACCAGGCGAAUAAAUCCAACGCUCUUCCUCCCUCAGACCAGGAUGGGCCACAGGAGAAGCACGAAGCGUGUAGGACAGAGAUUAUAAAGGAAGUCAAAUCACAGCAAAGUGGCUCUAAAAGAACAGAAAAUGUGCAAACUGGACAAGAGGAUGCUCACGACUCUUCGCAACCAUCAAAAGAACAAAUAGCUUUAUGUAAAGACUUAAAUAAUGGAGUGGAAAAAACAUCUAAUCACGAAAAUCCUGAGAAAAUAAAAAAGUCCAAAUCAGCAGAAGGAAUCUCUUCUACAGAAAACGGAACAAACUUACGAAAGGAAACUGAUAAAUUGGACAAGUUAAACUCAAAUCAUGAACUCAAAUCCAAAGAAGCUGAGUCGGAGGGAAGCUCGGACACGUCCGAACCAAACCGGACCGACGGAUCGACUAAAACGGGCGCCUCUGGAAGUCGUGUUGACAGAUCAGAUGUGUCUGCUCUGAGGGGGACGUCAGAAUCCGUUACGACGACUGAGACACCGUCUGCAGACAAAGAUCCUCCAGAGAAACCCGUUCAGUCCGAAGCCUCUUUAUCACCUGAAAAACCAAACGAACCAUCGCUGUGCGACAAACCAGAAGAAACGGUCAACAAAAAGGAGAACCUGGCGCCUCCUGCUCCUCCGUCAGAAUCACGUAAACCCUCUGAGGAGAGCCACGUCAAAACAACUGUCGACCAGGUUUGUGAGAAAAAGACAGAAAAUCCCAAAGAGGUGAAGAAAAUUACCAACUGCGCGGAUCGCACCGUAUGUGAUGUCACCACGAGAGGCGACGCUGAGUCCAGACAGGCCGCAGGGGAGACGCUGGACGGUCAGCACGAGCUGAUGAAGCCACAAGAAGAUAAGAAAAUGGAGCUGAACUCUGUUAAAAACAAGGCGACAGACGAUGCACGCGAAGGAAAGGAUGAACCAUCCAGUCCAGUCAAGACACAAGCCUGUGAAGAAACGGAUAAAGCAUCUAAAAGACAAGAAAACGAGGAGAAGGAGCCUGAGAAAGACUCAAAGGACACCAGGGAAGAAAGCAAGAAGGAUCCUGCUGAAGACAAAAAGCUUUCAAAUAAAGAAGAUAUUUCAACUGAUCGAGGCGUAAAAAGUGAAGCAAAGGAAGAAAAAGCUCAAAACAAAAGUUCAUCAGAAAAUAAGGACUCUGAAGUCCAACAAACGAGCAAAGACCUCGAUGUCAAGUCCUCAGAAGAAAGCAGCAAACGGCCGAACAAAGGACAAUCCACCGAUGCCUCCACAGAAAAAAACAAAACGAAGAAGGUGGAGAGCCGCGGUGACGCUCAUCGGAUGAACCGGCCUCCGGCGCAUCGACGAAAAGUCGAGCUUCAGAGCGAAGAGCGCCAGGGAGACUCCGAGUCGGACACGAACACCGGGAGGUACCUUCGAAGAUCGCCGAGGAUCUCUAAACCGACGCAGAAGGCGGUGGAGAUUCAGGACAAAAAGAUCGAGAAGGCCGCUGCGCCGCCGCAAAAACAGGACGAGGCCAAAGACGAGAAGGAGAAAGACGAAGAGGAGGAUGAGGAGGAGACCGACAUAAAGACUGUUCAAAGAAAACCCAAAGAGAAAAAGGCUGAUCAGGAGAGUCAGCCCAAACCCAAGGGAAGAAAGAGGCGGAGAGCUCGUUGGUCCAACACACGGACGCGGCGGAAAAAGAAAAACUCUGAGGAUGAAAACAGCGAGGAGGAGUCCAGCGAGGAGGAGGACAGUGAGGAAGAGGACGACAGCGACGAGGACUACAAGGUUGAGCGAAGCAGAAAGAGGCGGAACCGGAACCGCGAGAGACGAAGCUCGGACUCUUCGACGUCCUCGGACGACGAUCUACCUCCCAACGACGACCCCUGCAAACACUGCGGUCUUCCAAAUCACCCUGAGCUGAUCUUACUGUGUGACUCGUGUGACAGCGGGUACCACACGGCCUGUCUCAGACCUCCCCUCAUGAUCAUCCCUGAUGGAGAGUGGUUCUGCCCACCCUGUCAGCACAAGCAACUCUGCGACAGGCUGGACGAGCAGCUUCAAAACCUCGACGCCGCCUUGAAAAAGAAGGAACGAGCCGAGAGACGGAAAGAACGUCUAAUUUAUGUAGGAAUCAGCGUUGAGAACAUCAUCACACCGUCUGUGGACAUGGAGGAGGAGGAGAAACCGGAGAUCGUCAUCAAAGAGAAAAAAGAACCGAAGCGCAGUAAGAGCUGGGGUCGUAGGUCAACGAGGGCGAAGAAGACUAUCAGCUACAGAUUUGAUGAAUUCGACGAGGCGAUCGAGGAGGCCAUUGAGGAAGACAUCAAAGAAGCCGAAGGUGGAGGAGCUGGUCGAGGUAAAGACAUGGCCAACAUCACAGGCCACAGAGGUAAAGACAUUUCCACCAUCCUCCAGGCAGAGGAGGGGAAAGAGAACGGCCGGCCGCCCCGACCCAACGCCGGGCAGCGCAGGAAGAAACGCCGGCGGCUCAACGAUCUGGACAGCGACAGCACCGUGGACGAGGAGGAGAGCGAGGAAGAGUUUCGCCUCAGUGGAAGCUCCGAGGACGAGUUUGUCGCGUCAGACAACGAGUCGGAACCAGAAACGGAGCAGGAGUCGAACAACAGCGACUUCGGCAGCAACAACAGCGGCAGACAUCGCUCCUCCUGGAGGAACAGGAGGCUACAGAAACGUCGUCAGAGCUCCAGAAGGAGGCGGAGACCGAGGUGGUACUCAGACGAUGAAGAGGAGACGGAUGAUGACGUGGAGGAGGACGAGAUAGCGACUGAAGGCUCGAGCGACUACAGCGACAGUGAUCUGGACAUGAGUCGGCGGCGGUCUCGGCGGAGCCACAAGAAGGAGGUGAACUACUGCGAGACGUCCGAGUCGGAAGGCUCUCAGGCAGAAACCAACCGGGCCAAAAUCAAACCCAGACGGCAUCACGACAGCUCCGACAGUGACGCGAGUUUCUCUCGAGACUCUGAAGAAGACUCGAGGGAUCGGAGAGAAAAGAGACGAGCGGACUCCUCGGAAGAAGAUGCUCGGCAGCGGCGCAGGCGACUAGCACUAAAACGCAGGCGAGCCUCCGAAGAGGACGACUCGGACUCGGACUCUUCCUCCUCCUCUUCGGAGGAUCGUCCCAUCCGCAAACGGGUGAACCGCAUCGACUCGGACGACUCCGACGAGGAGGCGCAGGAGGAAAAACCGAAGGAGAAGAAGCCUGCAGAGGAGGAGUCAAAGGGAACGGACCCGCUGGACUGCGAUCAGGUCGAGCUGCGGUCCACAAACGGACAGAACGAGACGAAGAGCCUCGACGGCCUCGUCAGCCGCCCCGCCCCUGCUGUUCCGGGCAGCACCCCUCCUCUAGAACCACCCAAAACCGUCGGUUCUACGCCAGCUGCUGCCACGGCACCGAACGGUGUGGUGGGGCAGGAAGUGUCGGCGCAGGAUGACGACGAAGACGACCUAUUGGGAGUCACAGACCUCGUGGACUACGUCUGCAAUAACGAACAGUUGUAAAAACAAAAACCGUGUACUGUUUCCAUUUUUUUGUGGUAUUGUAUUUUUAUAUUGCUUAACUUUAUUAUUCCCUCCC